CCUAAAUUACCGAUAUGUAUUAGUAAGACUCCAAACAUAUGUCAUGCACUAGUAACCUUCUGCACUCUUACUCGCGGUCCCAAAAUGUCCCAUGAGAUGUGAUGGCAGUGGCUGUUGCUAGGUGGCGCUAAUGCGCCCCAAAGCUGUGUGCCAAACUCCAUUGAAAGCUCCGAAGAAGAAGACGAAGCCCAACAUGGCGGCCCUCGGUAGCAAUCGCUGGGACCGCCUCGGCAACGCGAAUCAAAACAAAUCUUUCAUCACGUCCCCGGAGAAAAUACGCGAACUCCUCAAUGAAGGGGUCUCGCCAGUUGGUACCGGUACCCACAGUGGGCAAGGAGAUGCAAAAGAUCCAGAAGUCACUAGCAGCUCUCCAUCACCUUGUGAGGCAACCAACAAAGAGGCCUUUUUCAGUAGAGUGCAGUCGUACUCGUGUUUGAAAUGGGCAGCAAAGCCCCGCACGCUGUCGCCUCUCAUGUGCGCCCGCUACGGCUGGAUCAACGUCGCCCACGACAUGCUCAAGUGCGCCAGCUGCCAGGCCUUCCUCUGCACGUCUCUUCAGCUCACAUUAGACUUUGAAAAAUAUGAAUCUCGCAUUGCGGAGCUGUCUGUGCAGCUUCAAACGAAACAUGAGAAGUUUUGUCCCUGGCCUGACUUUCCUUGUCCAGAGAGGUUGUGGAUUGUGACAGCCGGGGAGCCCUCAGCGCUUCUGGCCUCUUUAACGGAGCGUUUUGAGAGCGCGUGCAUGCUCGGACAGCAGCUUCCAUCUCUGAAGCCUGAGCUGCUGAAAUCAAUGUCUUUAACCGAGGACGUUGUAAGUGUUACCCUGCAGUUGAUAGAGGCGGAACAAAAAAGAAAGGGAACCACGUGCUCGGAACCUUUUGCAGUCCAAGUGGCCGCGUGCAUCGUCUCUCUCUGCGGCUGGGCUGCAAACCCGGGCAUGCACAUCGCCACGCUGCCCAUCCUCAGCUGUUCCUACUGUAUGCGUAAAGUCGGCCUGUGGAAUUUCCACCAAAUGGAAGCCGUGGGCGGUGAUGCAGAUGCCGGGGUAGAAGCUACGAGCACUCCUGCCGCCUCGACUCCCACACAGGAGGGCUCUGGGGAACAGUCAACCCCUCCCUCGCCCACACCUCCUUCCACUCCAAGUCGCAUGAAGCUGAGGAGCCAGGACUCUUCCCGUUCUGACCAGGGUGAGGGCCCUCCAGUAGCGUUGCGAGCCCGAAGCAGAGACUCGCCCAGUCCCGUUGAGGAGCCACCAAGUCCCUCGAUGAGGGGCAAGAGGCCUGCAACUCGUAGCCGGGGGCAAGGCGACUGUCUGUCCCUUCCUUCUAAACGCCUGUGCCUCUCAUUAGCUGACGAGUUUCUGCACAAGUGCGCGUUCGACCCGCUGGCUCAGCACAGAGACUGGUGUCCCUGGGUGGCCGUUGGGAAGGAGAAUGUGGAUCCGCAGGCCACGCCUCUUUCAGACACUGUGCCAGCGCCUCAUCAGCAGGGCUGGAAGGCUGCCCUUGACCUCCUGAUGCCCGCAAAGAACACAGACGCGGUGGCUGGCAGUGCAGCACAGGGCCUACCCGAUCGAUCCAAAAGGGUGUUUGCUAUAUUCCGUCAGUGGCAGAUACCCGCUCCAUCGCAGUGAAAGCCCAUUGAUCAAAACAUCGCACCACUGGACAGAAAAGAUGAGCAGUUGUAUCAUGUCAUAACAAUUUAUAUCACGCUCUGGAUACGAGCGCAACAUAUUUGUUAGUAAUCUGUGAUGUAUGUGAAAAUCUGUGGAAGGCAAGAAAUCCCUGGCCAUGAGAAAGAGCCGCAGGGGCUCGACACUGGAUAGGCAACGUUUACUUUUGUGUGUUAAGACAGUGUUCAAAUAUCACCUCAAAUUUGCAACUAUCAUGACUGUGUGUGUAUGGGAGAUUGUACUUGACUCCUGAUAAUUGCAGGCAGGUAUGACCUGUGUGCCAUGAACUUUGAACAUAGUGUAUUUGGACUUAGCUGCCUUGACUUUAUAUUUGCCUUAUUGUGCCAUCUCAUUGCUGAUCUAGUUUUCAUUACCCUGCAUGUGUUGGAAAAAUAA